AUGAUUAAAUAUUCCAAUUUAAAUAAUUUAAAUUUUGAUGUUAAUAAUAAUGAAUUAAUUAUAGCAAAACAACUUUUUUCUACUUGUUUAAAAAUAGAUGAAAAAACGAAAGAAAUUUAUAAAAAUUUUAAUGUAGAAGAAUAUGUAUCUGAGAUAACAGGAAAUAAAGUAAACUCAAAUAUAAAUUAUGAAGAACACAAUAAAGAAAAUGUAACAGUAAAUGAAGAUAAUAAUUUUGCUGAUUUAAAUAAUUUAGAGAAAAAAAUAGAGAAUACAAAUGAUAUAAGAACAAAUAUAAAUUCUUACAAAGAAGAAUUACAUUUUUUAAGGUGCAAUCCAUUACAUUUAAAUAGGUGGUAUAAACUUUUAGAAUUAUAUGAAACAGAAGAAGUAUAUGAACAGUUUUUGUUGAUUUUUCCAAGGUGUACUUGGUAUUGGAUAAAAUAUGCUGAAUUAAAAAUAAAAAAAAAAGAAUAUAAAAAUGCAUAUAAUAUUUAUCGUAAAUGUAUUGAUUCAAAUAUUUAUGAUUUGAAAUUAUUUCUAUCAUUCUUAUAUUUUGCAUAUCAUACCUCUUCGAUUCAUGAAUACAUAAGUUUCUUAUUUGAAUCAUUAAAGUGUGUAGGAACAGAUAUUAAAUCAGGUAAUAUAUGGGUUGAAUUACUUUAUAUAUUAAUAAAAAUACAUAAUACCAAUUUAUUAUUAAAUAAUAAUAUACAGAAUUUAUUAUAUGAUCCAUUUAAAAAUAACAGUAAUGGGAAUAGGAUAGAAACCCCAUUAUUACCUUCAGAGCAAGAACAAAUAAUAUUUAAAUCUCCCAUUCCUAAUAAUAAUUCUAAAGUAACAUAUAUUGAACAUUAUGCAAAUGAUGGGAAAUUAAGAAAUUUUUAUCAAUGUUGGCUUAAUAAUACUACAAAAUAUUUAGAUAAAGUUUGGAAAUGCUUUUGCUCCUUUGAAAAGAGUAAUGAUAAUUCUACAAACAUUUACUUAUCAACAUUUAAUACUCAAUACUUAAAUUCAAAAAAUGCAUAUAAAGAAUUAUCUAAUUUAUAUAAAGAAAUGAAUUUGGAUAAGAAAUUUAAAAUAAUAAUACCUAUUAAUAAAAAGUCUAAAAUUGAAAAUAACUUGUUAUAUUUAAAAUGGAUGAAAAUUAUUAAUUUUGAAAAAUCUAAUCCUCUUAAAUUAAAAUUAUCUUUAGUUUGUAAAAGAAUUAUGUAUAUCUAUGAGCAAGCAUUGAUACACUUACAGUUUAACGCAGAUAUGUGGUUUUCUUAUUUCCAAUUUUUAUUAUUAAAUAAAAAAUUUAAUUAUGCUAUUAGAAUUAUGAGAGAAGCAAUAGAAAUAUAUUUACCAUUUGAUGAACUAUUAAAAUUAAAUUUUGCUUAUUUUUUUGAAAAAUAUUCUUUGAUAAAUCAAGCUCAUUAUAUUUAUCAACUAAUGCUUAAUGAAGUAUCAAAAAAAAAGAAGAAAUUUUCUUUAUCUUUUUUAUAUUCAAAAGAAAAAUUUAAAAAGUUACCGUAUUGUCAUUUAAAAAAGAAAAAAAAAAAAAAAAAAGAGAAAGGAAAAGAAAAUGAAAAUGAAAAAAAAGAUAAAAAUGAAAAAGGAAAAGAAGAUGAAAAUGAAAAAAAAGAUAAAAAUGAAAAAGGAAAAGGGAAAAAAAAAGGAAGAAAAUUAGAACAAAAUGAAAAUAAUGAAGAAAGUCAAAGAGAAUUUAAAAGGAUUAAAAGAGAAAACAUAGAAAUAGAUGAAACAGAAAAGAUAGAAAGUAAUAGUAAUAGUAAUAAUAAUAAUAAUAAUAAUAAUAAUAAUAAUAAUAAUAAUAAUAUCGAAAAUAGUGAUAAAAAUGAAGUGAAAUUUUUAAAUAAUCCUUCUAAAAGCUUAUCAGAUACUAGUGAUGAUGAAAUAAGAAGAAAAUUUUAUCAAAGUGAUUAUGAAAAGCUAGAAGAAAGAAAAAAGUAUUUUAUAAAGUAUAUUAAUAUAAACAAGAAAAAAAGAAGGCAUUUUGUAUUUACACACUUUUUAAACUUUAUUAAAAGAAAUUAUGAUGAAACUAUAUGGAGAUAUUAUGUAAGUAUAAUAUUGAAUCAAGAAAAAUGCUCAGAAGAAAUAUAUUAUUAUUGUGCAAACAUAGAAAGAAGAAUUUUAAAUAACGAAAAAAGAGCUAUAUAUAUUAUGAGUGAAGGUUAUAAGAAAUUUUCAUCAAAGAAAAAAUAUCUUUUUUAUUACAUACAUUUUUUAUUAGAGAAAGGAAACUUAAAUCAUAUAAGAACUUUAAUUUAUAAAUAUAUUCAUGAUUAUUAUGCAAAAUUUUAUAAAGAAUAUGAAGUAAAUUAUUCAUUUGAUAAAAAAGAUGUAAAAUCUAAAACUGGACAAAAUGAAUUCAAUUUGUUUGAAUCAGGUUACUUAAAAUUAUUAAAAAAUAAAAAUAAAUCAUGUGAUAGAAUAUGGAAUUUUCUAAUACAACUGGAAAUAUUUUAUGGUGAUAUAAGAAAUCUGAAUAAAAUAUUUGAAGUCAAAUUAAAAUAUGAAUCAGGUUAUAAUUUAGAGGAAAAUAAAAAUGUUUUAUUUGAUUUCACGAAUAUAUCUGAUAAUAAUGAAAAUGCUCUAUUAGAUGAUAAUACUAUUACUGACAUAUUAUGUAAAGGAUAUCUUGAAAACUUAAAAAAAAAUGACAUUGAUAGCUUACAAUUUAAAAUAAAUUUAAUUAAUUCUCAAUUAUUUGCUGGUACAUCUUUAAAAAAGACAUUUUCUUUUUUUCAAAUUAAAAGUAUUAAUCCAUUUUCAUUGUUAGCUUACUGUGAUAGCAUGGAAAGAAAAAAAAGAAGAAAAGAAGGAAAAGAAUCGACACUAAUUAUAAAUGAUCAAGUAAAUGAGGAUAUAAAUGAAAGUAAUAUAAAUAAAAAUUUUAUGAAUGAAAAUGAUGCAAAUGAAAACAAUUUCAUCGAUAAUAACGUAGUUGAAAAUGAACUUGAUAAUAGUUAUAUGAAAAAAAAAAUGAGUGAAUACAAAAAUGGAUUAAUUAGCUCCACUUAUGAUUCUUUCAAUUUUUAUGACUCAAAAAGUUACAUGAAAAAAAAGAAAGUAAAUAAUGACAGUAAUAGUAAAAAAAAAAAAAAGGGGAAAAUAGAUAUAACUGACUCUGUUAAUUACAUUAUUAGACCUGAUUUAAAGAUGAUGUCUAUAUAUAGACCUUUUGAAAGUUACCAAUAUGCGCAAAAAGAGAAAAAAAAAAAGAACAGUGAAAUAGAUAGUUUGUUAAAUAAUAACAUAGAAUAUAUUGAUGAUAUAAAUAAAAACAAUAAAUACAAUAAAAAAGAUAAAAAUGAUAAAAAAGAAUAUAUUUUAAAAAGAGAAUACUUUAAUAUGCCUAAUAUAAUAAGCGAUUUUUUAAGUUUAUUACCUCAAGAAAAUCCAUGCAUAAAAUUAUCGGAUAAUUCAAUUGAUUAUUUAAUAACGUCACUGCAAAAUUUGAAAAUACCAAAACUAAAAAAAUUUCCAUACGAACCAAUACCAGUUAAAGAAAUUAUACAAAUUAAAAAUGAGUUAAAUAAUUAA